AUGGCCGAGCGCGCCAGAACACCAACGGAAACAAGCGAGACGACCAAUGUCGCAGAAAGCACAACCUCGGACUACGUGCCGAACAAUAUGAUGGAGGACAUUGAGAAAUUCGAGAUCGCCAAAACGGCUACCAAUGACAUAAAAAAAAAGGACGAACAGCCUGGACAAGACCCAAAUAUAGUGUGGUGGGAUGGCGAAGACGACCCUGCUAAUCCGCUGAAUUGGGCGCCACUCAAGAAAUGGACCAAUAUCAUGCUCCUCUCUGGCAUCACAUUCAUCGUACCUCUCGCGUCGUCUAUGUUUGCCCCCGGUGUUAGGCAAGUGGCAUCCGAGUUUGGCGAAAGUAAUGAAAUCCUCGAAGCCCUUGUCGUCUCCAUAUAUGUCAUUGGUCUUGCAGUCGGUCCGCUGGUGCAGGCCCCAAUGUCUGAAGUCUAUGGCCGAUGGAUUGUAUAUUCCACCUGCAACGUCCUAUACGUAGUAUUCACCAUCGCCUGUGCUGUCUCAACGAAUAUUUCGAUGUUGAUCGUCUUUCGUUUCUUCGCCGGGUGCAUGGGUUCUGCUCCCGUGACUAUUGGUGGAGGUACCAUUGCAGAUUCAUUUCCACCUCAUCAACGUGGGCGUGCGCUCUCCAUCUUUACCUUAGGCCCAGUGGCUGGCCCGGCGAUUGGCCCAAUUGCCGGUGGCUUUCUGUCCGAGAGUGAAGGCUGGAGGUGGAUCUUUUGGGUCUUAGCCAUUGCAAGUGGGGUCAUCACCGUUGGCCAGAUAUUCCUUACACAAGAAACCAGCGCCGUUGUAAUUCUCCAACGCAAAGUCAAAAGGCUGCAAAAAGAAACCGGUAAUAUGAGCCUCCGUUCGAAGCUAGAUAGACAGAUUCCAGGCUCCGAAGUCCUCAAGCGAGCAAUCGUGCGUCCAGCCAAGCUACAGGUUUUGUCUGCAAUUUCCAUUCUCAUGUCCGUGGCUACAGCCGUGGUGUAUGGAAACCUGUAUCUGAUGCUGACCACCAUCACGGCGGUGUUUGAAUCCACUUAUGGCUUCACAACGGGAACGUCAGGUCUGGCGUAUAUUGGAUUAGGCUUGGGCAACGUCAUCGGACUGUUCGUAUUUUCCUUUACCAGCGACAGGUACCUCCAGCAGAAAUCGGCCAAGGGCCUUCAAUUAAAGCCUGAGGACCGUCUGCCUUUAAUGCUGGGGUCCUGCCCAACCAUUGCGGCAGGUAUGUUUUGGUAUGGAUGGAGCGCGCAAGCCAAAACUCACUGGAUCGUACCAAUUAUCGGAUCCGGAUUCGUCGGCCUGGGCAACAUGUUUUUCUUCAUGCCAAUGAUGGGGUACCUUGUAGAUGCAUACACUAUCUAUGCUGCCUCGGCUUUGGCGGCAAACACAGUCCUCCGUUCUAUCGGUGGUGGACUUCUCCCUCUGGCGGGACAAAGCAUGUAUGGCGCGCUGGGAUAUGGGUGGGGUAAUUCGCUCUUGGGAUUUAUCCUCAUUGGCUUCACCCCUGUGAUUUUUCUCAUUUACCGAUAUGGCGAGCACAUUCGUACGAAAUGGCCGCUCAAUCUGGAUUAA